AUGCGCUCGCCCACCGCCUCCUGUCUGCGUGGACCAGCACUCUACUCGCGCCGGCCCUCAUCAGCCCCGCUUCGGCUGGCGCUUCAGCAUCGAUUCAAGUCGUCUGUCGAUGACCCUUCCACAUCCCAAGUCCCGCGCGAUGGCACACGAGCCCGCGCAACUCCCUCCCACCAUUCGGCACAGGAGCUUGAGCCAUCACUGGGUAACAGCAACUUGCUUAAACGCACACCCGAAGAGGCGCUAGCGACCAAGGGCCUUGUCUUCGCGGAUGGUCAUGGCCUGAAGGGACCCACCGGCAAGGGAAGGGAAACACGCCAAAUGAACUUGCACCAGGCGGUCAGGGAUGCUAUGCGCACCGCGUUGACUUCAAACCCCAAGUCUUUUAUUUUUGGCGAGGACGUAAAGGCUCAUGGCGUAUUCCGCUGCACACAAGGUCUUGCCGAGGAGUUUGGCCAAAAGCGUGUGUUCAACACCCCAUUGACCGAGCAAGGUAUUGCUGGCUUUGGUAUUGGCCUCGCUAGUGUCGGCUCAACAGCGAUCGCGGAGAUUCAGUUCGGCGACUAUAUCUUCCCAGCGUUUGACCAACUGGUGAAUGAGGCUGCCAAGCAGCACUAUGCCAGCGGAGGUUCUUACCCAUUGCCUGGCGGCUCCUUCACCGUCCGAGCUCCCGUGAUGAGCGUGGGUCACGGUGGUCUGUACCACUCCCAGUCCCCAGAGGGCUUCUUCCUCGGCGCGGCGGGUCUCAAGGUUGCAGUGGUCAGCACCCCUAUCCAGGCCAAGGGCCUGCUGCUUGCUGCCAUCCGUGACCCCACGCCGACCAUCAUCUUCGAGCCCAAGGUUCUCUACCGUGCCGCUGUCGAGCAAGUACCUGUGGACGACUAUACGCUACCUUUGGGCCCCACAGACGAGGUUCGCCCCGGCACUGAUCUCACAGUCGUGUCUUACGGAACACCGCUGUACACCACUUUGCGUGCAAUUGAACUGUUGUCCAACCCCCCUCCGGCGUUGGUGCAGUUCCUGCCGGAGAAGCUCCGUCCGCCCAACCCUGCUCCGUCAAUCCAACUCAUUGACCUCCGUACGAUCAACCCUUUGCCCAUUGGUGAAAUUACGGAAGCGGUGCGCAAGACUGGUCGACUUGUCAUUGUGCAUGAGGCUGGCAAGAGUGGCAGUGUCGGAAACAACCUUGCUGGCGAAGUUGGACGUCGCGCGUUCGACUAUCUCGAGGCUCCUAUUGGCCUCGCCGCUGGCUGGGACGUGCCCGUCCCACUCGCAUACGAAAAGUUCUACCAGCCUGACGUGAUUCGCGUGUUCGACAAGUUGGUUGAGACUCUGUCGUACUGA